AUGGGGAAUUUGAAAGCACUUGUUUACAACAAAUGCCGAAAAUGGGCCGGACAUACGUUUAAUAUUGUUGUUGAUGAUAAGGCAACUGUUGGAGAUUUCAAGGAAGCACUCAUGCAUCAGACAAAAAUCCCACCCGAUGAGAUGUGGAUUGUUUUUGGAGUAACUCAACUCCGUGAUGAGAUUCGAUUGAAAGAUCUUUAUAUUGCUGAUGGAUACACUUUAUAUGUCACCCCAACUACGGUAGAAUUCCCUGAAUACCCAAAUUUA